GACUAGAUAUGGGCAUGCAGGAAGCAAACAUGGAAAGCCAGCUGGAUUAGAAGUGGCAGAGCCUGGUGGAAAGGAUCACAAGUCAUCGAACUGCUCUGCCAGAACAUGCCAGCCGCCCUAGGACAGAUUCUCCUCCUGUUUGCCGUGACACUCCAUGCAGCUCCGGGAGACUCGGUAGCUGUGCCGACACGGUUGUGCCAGUGCCCGAAGAUAAAGGAAUUCGUGCCGUGGAAAAGCUUCACACACUUCCAGGUGACACCAAAGAGCUCCUUCUGCGGCAAGGUGGAGAUUGUGCUCACCCAGAGAAAUGGAAAAGUCUGCCUCAAUCCAUUGUCAAAACAAGGACAGAAGAUACUGCAGUGUUGGGCUAAGAAAAAGAACAAUCGGGAAGAAGAGAGUAAAAAAUGUAGAAAAAUAAAAUCUUAGACACCACAUAUCGCACCAGCAAUGCAGCACUGACUAACAAGCUUAACAGUUUUAGGUUGUUUGCCGCUGUCUUUUUAAAACGCGCUUACUUUUUAUAUGCGUUUAAGAAGCAGGAGAAUAUUUUGUCUUGCUUAGUUUUCAUAACUGAGUUGUUUGUCAUUAACACAGUAUGGUAUAUCCUGUAUAGUAUAUUCUUCGCAUUGUAUAUUUUACCAUUCAUUCUAAGGUUUGGGAGGGGUUAGGGAGUAUGUUAUGAUUUGUUUGUGUUCAUUAAUUUGAUCAGGAUAACGGUACAUCAAGUUAUUAUAGUAAACUUUAUGCGGAAGUUCGUAGCUUCUUUUAAUGACAAAUAUAUAAAUAAAAUGUCCCGCACAGAAUUACGCGGCACCUCUUGCUAUAGGCCUACACAGAUAUUUUUAAUAAUAAAAUACUUCAUUGCCACACCGAAGUGGUGAAAUCUUUACUGCAAAAUAAAACCGCGAAAAUAUUAACAUUAUAUGGCAUCUUUUCAUGACGACUCAGCCCCUCCGUUAAGAAACCCAGAAACUGGUUUGCCCACCUGUUUAAUCUAAACAUGCUGAUUUAUCGAUCACCUAGCAGAGGCAGCUACGUCCGGCAGCGAGGGAGCACAGAUUGAGUAUUUCCAACUGUCGCUGUAAAACUGUGUGGUUUUUACCACGGAAAUUAACAAAUUAUAACGGUGGAUAAUGGCCAAGGUUCUGCUACCGUCUCCCACUGAAGAUUAAAUACAUAAACAGAAUGAAGUGGAGUGGCAGGGAGCAGGAGCGCAGACAAUCUCAGUGCGUUUGAGGACAGAAAAAUAAAAUAUUACACAGCCGUUUAAAAUGAUCCAGAACGUAUCAGCAUUUUAAAAGGCUAACUUGUUAAACGACUACAAACGCAAAACAUAGAUUUUAAUACAGUGAAUGUAAAAUGCAGACAAUUACACUGGUUUCCAUAUUAUCGUGCUUCGGAGGAUGCCCAAACUUACAGUAGUAAUUAAUUUAUUCCAUUCUGUGAAAAAAAAGAUACAAACCGAUUUGAUAUCACAGAUUAAGCAAAGAAAUCACGGCAGUAACGUUGCUCUCGGGAGCAAUCCUAUUUGUUUGAUUCCCUUAUUCUUUUAACCCUGCCAGCCUACCGCCCCCCC